AUGGGAAGUAAGUACAUUUUCAUUUAUUUCGCCUUUUCAGGUCAAGCUAUGCUAUUGGUCGGUUUUAUCGAAAUGCUUAAGUUUUUUGAAGCGAUUUGUUUAAUUGACGAAUUGUCGGCUCCUAGGGACUAGUUACUAGCUCCAUAUCAAUUUUCAAAGUAACCAUAACAUUUGUGUCUUUUCAGUCAAAUUUCUCGAGUUUGUAAAGCCGUUUUGCGGCUUCGUGCCGGAGGUCUCGAAGCCGGAGAGAAAGAUCCAAUUCCGUGAAAAGAUGCUCUGGACUGCCAUCACCCUCUUCGUCUUCUUGGUGUGUUGUCAAAUUCCGCUCUUCGGAAUCAUGUCAACAGACUCUGCUGAUCCGUUCUACUGGCUUCGUGUGAUUAUGGCGUCCAACCGUGGAACCCUUAUGGAGCUCGGAAUCUCGCCAAUUGUCACCUCUGGACUUAUCAUGCAACUUCUCGCUGGAGCCAAGAUCAUUGAGGUCGGAGACACGCCGAAAGAUCGUGCCCUCUUCAACGGAGCCCAAAAGCGUAAGUUAAACCAGUAUUGAUUUCAGACAUUUCACUCUAUUCUUUACAGUGUUCGGAAUGGUCAUCACUGUCGGACAAGCAAUCGUCUACGUGAUGUCUGGACUUUACGGAGAUCCAUCCGAUAUUGGAGCCGGAAUCUGUCUUCUCAUCGUCGUUCAGCUUGUUAUUGCCGGUCUUAUCGUCCUUCUUCUCGACGAGCUCCUCCAAAAGGGAUACGGACUGGGAUCUGGAAUUUCGCUCUUCAUUGCCACCAACAUCUGCGAGACCAUCGUCUGGAAGGCAUUCUCUCCUGCAACCAUCAACACCGGACGUGGAACCGAGUUCGAAGGAGCCGUCAUUGCUCUCUUCCACCUCCUCGCCACCCGUUCCGACAAGGUCCGUGCUCUCCGCGAAGCCUUCUACCGCCAGAACCUCCCGAACUUGAUGAAUCUGAUGGCCACCUUCCUCGUUUUCGCUGUUGUUAUCUACUUCCAAGGAUUCCGUGUCGAUCUCCCAAUCAAGUCGGCCCGCUACCGUGGACAAUACAGUAGCUACCCAAUCAAGCUCUUCUACACCUCGAACAUCCCGAUCAUCCUUCAAUCCGCUCUUGUGUCCAACCUCUACGUCAUCUCACAGGUUUGUCCUUGAUUGUUCUUUAUCUCCGCAAAAUCGUAUUUCUUUAGAUGCUUGCCGGAAAAUUCGGAGGAAACUUCUUCAUUAACAUUCUCGGAACCUGGUCUGACAGCAACGGAGGAUACAGAAGUUACCCAACUGGAGGUAAAUAGUAUUGUAGUGUUUUCAUAACUAUUUAUUUUGAUUCCAGGAAUCUGCUACUACCUCUCGCCACCAGAGUCUCUCGGACACAUCUUCGAAGACCCAAUCCACUGCAUCAUCUACAUCGUCUUCAUGCUCGGAUCGUGCGCCUUCUUCUCCAAGACCUGGAUUGAUGUGUCUGGAUCUUCCGCCAAGGAUGUCGCUAAGCAACUAAAGGAGCAACAGAUGGUCAUGCGCGGACAUCGUGAGAAGUCCAUGAUCCACGAACUCAACCGAUACAUCCCGACCGCCGCCGCAUUCGGAGGACUCUGCAUCGGCGCCCUUUCCGUCACCGCUGACUUCAUGGGAGCCAUCGGAUCCGGAACUGGAAUCCUCCUUGCCGUCACCAUCAUCUACCAGUACUUCGAGAUCUUUGUCAAGGAGCAACAGGAGAUGGGAGGAGUCGCUGCCAUGUUCUUUUAA